CACUAUUGUAUCAGCUGUUUGUGCCGAAUAGAAGAAACAAGAUUUUUUUCACAAUAGUUUGCAAAUUCGAUCACAAAAAAAUUUUUAUUCCGAGCCUCUUAAGUUGGAAUUUCAGGCUUAAUUGUGAUCCUCUGAAACGACUUGUUUCAUUAUCGUCCGAAUUCGCUUCAUCCACAGAUCCCAUAGUGUAUACAGGAAGUGAAAAAAUGGCUAAACAAAUUUACAUUUAGGUGAUUGCGUUUGUUGUUUGUGCUACAACGAGACCGUUUUCGGGGGACAUCAUGUUGGUGGCCACACCAGGACAGACCACAGUCUAUACCCUGCACAACAAUGGCAAUGCACCACAAUCAUCAUCGGCAACCGUCGCGGCUUCUGCUGCCUCAACAUCAACCAAGAAACCGACAUCAGUCAAUAUAUCCUCCUCAUCUUCGGGCACACCGAAAUGUUUAACCAACAGUAAACACAACUCAUCCACAAUCACCAUCAACAGCAACACAACUACAACAACAAGAUCAUCUACACCAUCAUCAUCCUCAGUCUCUACAUCUAGUAGUUCCAUAAAGCCUCUCAACAACUUUAGUUUUCACACACCGAACCACAAAACCACCUAUUCUUCCAAUGAUACUAAUCAACAUUCCCUAAAAACUGCAGAUAAUUCCAAGACGAAUUCAUUCAUCACUAACCUUAAGGAGAGUGUGCAAAAAGCUUUGGUUACCACGGCAUCGUCAUUCUCACGAAACUGUCAGCAAGGCACUACAUCGGCAAUUAAAUGUAACAGUAACAGUAACUACAACAAUACCUCCACCACCAAGUCCAUAUUCUCAUCAUACAAUGCAACAUCUUCAUCGACAUCAUCGUCUUCAGUGGCUACCAAUAAAUAUUCUUCAACGGCGAUAGCAAACACCUCUUCAUCGCUCUCAUCAAUAUCUUCGGCCAUUCUACCUUUGACGGUAGCCCGCAAGAAAUGUUCCCAGGGACUAAGUAUGCCACCAAAACUGCACACUGUACCACCCACCAUAUUGCAUCGUGAUCCAGAGGAGAGGCAACAAGCUAGCAGUACUGAUAGUCUUCAAAAAGAAAUGUGCCAUUUUAAACCAAUACGCACGGUACCCACAACGCCUUGGAAGAGUGGAAGCAAAUCUCGCGGCAGUUCAUUACGAUUUCCCAAAGCUAAUCUUGCCACAACAAAACUUGAAUUUAUCUUAAAAUUAAACUGUGAUGUUAACAAUAGAAUGAAGAAGAAAACUACGUCAAGACUAGAGCGUAAAGAACUUGAGGCUGAAGAAAGUGGUCUUGUCGUUGAUCACAUCGACGAACAGGAAAACAAAGAAUAUUAUGAACGAUAUAAGCCGAAGCCAAGCACGCUGCAUUUGUUUGCCCAUUCUGAGACACCUAAUCAUCAAUCUGCAUUUGUUUGCCUGGUCGCACAUAUGAAGAAUUUAAUUAACAUUCAAUCAGUAAAGAUGUUAACUACUGGAAGCUUGGAAUUGCACAGAACUAAGAGUUCGCGCAACGUCCGCACAAAAGACAAAGGCAACGAUAAUUCACUUCAAAUGACAGACACUUCCUGCUCAAAUUUGAGGAAAAACAUUGAUGAGAUAUUUGUGCGACCUAAAAAAUUCAAAUCCCCCACUGCACCGAUGGCAGCUAAUAAAAAAAUGGAUCUCAUAACAACUGGUAGUCGUUCCAUUGGCAGCAAGACACUAGAAACAAACGACCGAGCCACAAAGAAAAUUUCGCAAAUCAACGAAUUGUCAUUACAAGUAACAAAGGCAAAAUCUCGCAGAAAAUUAAAAGGUGCCAAAUCAAACAUAACACAUCCAAUUAAAGAAUCUCAAAUGUUGCCAACAGUUGAUGCUGGUCAUACAGCUGCUGCGGCAGAGAUGGAAGCAACAGCGACAGCAGGUGGUCGACGCCCAAAUCGCAAACGGGCGUCGACCCCAGAAAUAGGCAAAGGUAAGUCCAUGACAGUGGCAGCAUCCACCUCGAAGUUAAGAGCCACCAAAAGGCUGGCUGGCCAACAAAAUGAAAGUAACUUAAGCGGAGCAAAUCAACAACGCAUAGGAAGUUUCUCUCCGCCCUUAACAAGAUCACGACUGAAGCAAAUGAUGCAGCAGCAGCAGAUGCCAAAAGAAGAAUUGCUUACACCAGAUAAAAAGAAACGUAAAGUCUAAGUCCUUCACUAUUGUAGAGUAGAGUACUCUAAAUUUGUCUCCAAAAACACCCUCUGACAGCUUAAGGUAAAGCAAACGCCUAAAGACAAAUGAUCGAAAUUACAUUGGAAAAGAUCAGUUUUCACAUACUUUUACAGUUUCAACGUCUGUUUCAAUUAGGCGGUUGUAGGCUUAAUUUCUUCUGCAAAGGAAAAGCUUUGUGCGUCAAGAUUUCUUUUCUUUAUUUUGGAAGGGUCAACCGUUUAACUUCUUCGAACACAAUUUUUUUUAUUAUAUUUUUUUUGUACAAAUUUCUUUUGGAAGAUUUUUCUUUAUAUAGAUAUUCAUUUAUUUAAAUAAAUUAUUUUGAAUUUCGCUAUGUUUA